AUGUCCCUUGCUGCCAUGAAGCAAGGGUUCUUGGAGGGUUGUAGGCCUGUUAUCGACCUGGAUGAGUGCUUUUUGAAGGGUCCCUACAAGGCAAUGCUACUAGUUGCAGUUGGCAGAAAUGCCAACAACAACAUGUACCCUAUUGCAAUUGCCGUUGUGGAAGCUGAGAUAAAAGAGAGCUGGACUUGGUUCUUGGAGUGCCUAGUUUCAGACCUUGGGUCCCAUGCGAGGCACGUUAAGCCUACUUUCAUUUCUGAUCAGCAGAAGGGUCUUAUUCUAAACUUUGAUGAUGUUAUACCUACGGCAGACCACCGAAUAUGUGUAAGGCAUUUAUAUGCCAAUUUUUGGGAUAAAGGGUUUAAGGGGGUGGCACUGAAGGAAUUAUUGUGGGCUGCAGCAUCAGCUUACACUGAUAUUGAGUUCAGAUAUCACAUGGAAGAGAUUAAGAAGUUGAAUCUUGUGGCCUUCGAGUAUCUAGAGAGUAUUGACCCCAGUGGAUGGUCAAGAUCGUGGUUCAGUGACUAUCCAAAGUGCAACCUUCUUGUCAACAACAUCUCUGAGUGUUUCAACUCAUAUAUCCUCAAGGCUCGUGACAAGCCGAUUCUGACAAUGUUGGAGAUGAUUAGGAAGCAACUCCGAAGAAGGUACCAACUAAAAAGAUAUGGCAUUAAAACUUUGAAGGGCAAGUUAUGCCCUAGAAUUGUUGACAAGCUUGAGACGGUUGGGGAAGAGGCAACAAAUUGUCUUUCCCGUUAUGUUGGUGAUGACCUCUUUGAAGUAGAGCAGGGACGUAGAACGUAUGUCGUGGAUUUGAGGAAGAGGACAUGUGGGUGCAGGAAGUGGGAGAUGACAAGGAUCCCAUGUGCACAUGCACAUUCUGCAAUUACCUUCCAUGGACACAAAUUGAAGGAUUAUGUGGAUCACUGUUAUAGCAUUGAGAUGUACAAGAAGGCAUUACGAGUGACCCCAGACAGACCUCGAAAGGCUAGGACAAGAGCUCCUGAUGAGUUAGGAGAUCCCAAGAAUCCUCAUAGGAUGAGAAAGUUUGGAUUGAAGGGUAAAUGUGGUUAUUGCAAAAUGUUGGGCCACAAUAGCAGGACUUGUCCAAAGAAGAAGCAGUUGGCAUCAAAUGAUAGGCAGUUCGUGACAGAGGUUGAGUUGCCUACUCCACCCUUAGCCAGUACACAGAGUGAAGGAUGCAACAAUAGUAUCAGGGGAGGCACAAAUCCAGUGAAGAACAGUAGAAGGGGAGGAUCACAACCACAUAACAAAAGAACAAGUGCAAGGAAAUGUGUAAGUACAGGUGUUUCAACACCUGGCUGUAGUAGGAAUACACAGCAACCCACUGCACCACCUUCUUUAUCUAUGCAAAGAGAUGGAAAUGCUAUGGAAUUGACACAACAACCCAUUGCACCACCUUCUACAUCUGUGCAAAGAGAUGUGACCACCACCACCACCCAGGAGGUUGUCAGGCAGACUGAAAGUUCCAAUAUAUCCCAAACCACCAGUUUGGAUUGA